GCAAGAUAGCAAGAAAUGCAAAAAUCCUCUACUGAAAUAUGCAAUACUCAGAGAACGCACCUCUGAGUACAUAAUGUAUCCUUUGUAAAAUAGUCUGCUGAUUUCAUAGUGACCCUGUUGUUAACAAAGAAGAAGACAAAUUUUAAAUAAAUAAGAAUUGAAAAUGCCGCGAACAAGUGAUAGGGAAAAAAUAGUAAACUUCUUAAUUGAAAAUGCUGCAUUCGACAUUCUGGUUCAAGGUGAUGAAAGUUAUUGGAACUGAUGGAGGAGUUGAAUGAGGAUCUUCUUAUUACUUUGUCUAGCCAUCGUGGAAGCUUUCAGCGAAUUCCUAAAUCAAUUGAAUGGAGAUCAACUGUCCUUGAACAAUUUGAUGAAUUCCGGUUCCGCCAAAUGCUACGAAUGACUAGGAAUCAAUUUUCUUUUAUACUGUCUGUAAUUAGUGCAAGUCCUACAUUUAAUAACUCGCAUUCCCUUCAACAAUACCCGGUGGAUCUCCAACUAGCCAUUGUGCUGUAUCGCCUGGGUUCUUCCGGAGAAAAUGCGGCCAUCCGAAAAGUGGCCACCGUAUUUGGGGUUGGAGAUGGUGAAACCAUUUAUAAAAUUACUCGCAGGGUGUUUCGCUCAUUUCUAGUACUCAAAACUAAAUACAUCUCGUGGCCAGAUGAAGCUGAAAAGCGAGAAAUUGUAGAGAAGACAUACCAUGAACUCCCACAUUGUAUUGGGUAUAUUGACGGCACUGAAUUAAAACUUUCCGAAGCACCAGUGGUCAACCAUACGGUUUAUUUCUCAAAGAGCCGAGUGUACUCCAUUAAGGCCCAAGUCGUGUGCGAUCAUCAAUUACGCAUACGCCAUGUUGCGGUUGGCCACUACGGAAGUGUACACGAUGCACGGAUGUUUCGUACUAGCGCUCUUUUUACACGCAAGAACGAUUUUUUUUACUUGUGA